AUCCCCUCCAUUUUUCGGGAAACUGUCGUCUAACCAUAAAAAACAUCUGUGGUCUAUGAACCAUAAUAAAGAGAGGUUAUGAUUACAUUGUGAGAAAACAAUAUCGAGUAAAAUGUUGAAGACACUCGCGUUAAGUCACAGACUUUGCCGAGUCUGCUGUGGAUUUAAAAACAUGACAGCACAGAAGAGAACAUUUCUAUCAGAAGCGUAUCACUGCAAUGAGGUAUGGAGUCGCAGGUUAGAUUCGCCGUUGCUGCAACAGAUCGAUCACUCGACGAUGUUCGUCAUGCUCGAACAAAAGUUUGCAAGUGUCGGCAAGAUUAGUGCCGUUGACGUUGACAUCUUCGUCAACAGUGUUAACAACGACAUUUAUGUUGAAGAGGUAAUGAAGAUCCUGCACAACCUCCGUAUGUCGCCGGAGGCGACCAAUAUACUUGAAUCAACGCAUCACGCCGUAAUACGAUAUUUCUGCCAGUGCGAUCGUAUCGAGGAGCUGCACGAGAUCCUCAACGACCGGCUGAACUACGGCAUCUUCCCCGAUUACUUCGGUUAUAACUUGCUCAUGGACGAUUUCAUAAAGAAGCAGAAUUACGCGUCCGCCGCGAAAGUAGCAACUUUAGUUAUGUUGCAGGAAGAAACGGACCAUCCUAUCACGAACGCUCUGUGCGUGUACGCGUGCCACAGGUAUUUGGAGAAUCCCGAGAACUGGAAAAAACCUGAGGUUCCAGUGGAUACUUCCAAGGAAGAGAUAAAAGUGCGCGUCCGUUACAUAAGAAAUCCUUUCUUCGAUGAUCACUUUGAUCUUACUGAUCCAAGAGAUCUAGUCGGCAAGACAUUGAGUUUUCAUGGGCGACAUCAGGCGAACACUCUGGGAAGAACUUGCCAAUUGAGGGGUCUAAUACUAUAUAAAAAAUAUGAUCAGGUAUUGCAAUUAAUAAAGGAAUGGCUGGAGACAAUACAGGAUAAGAUAGUCUAUGAGGAAGUAUUUGAAUUGAUAGCCAAAGACAACAGUGGACUUCAAGAUCAGGCUUCUGAACAACUAAAACUUGUGCAAGACCAAUUAACUGUUUUAAAAGGAAAACAGAAUGAUAAGGGAAGUUUGGUGGAAGCAAUGGAAAAUAUGAUCAGACUUGCUGUUAAAAAGAAAGCUGACCAAGAUGUCUCUAAACAAUGUCAGUCUUAUCUUGAUUGGGAACGUGUGAGAACUUCGAUAUUGGAGGAACAAACGAAAGCAAUAGAAACGCAGAAGAGGAUAGCUAACAUAGAAAGGAUAAAGAAAGAUUUGAAAACGAGGGAACAGCUUUUGACGUUCUUCGAUAAUGAGGAAGAAAUUGAAUUAAAAAUAGAGAAGAUUGAGGCGAAAGAACGGAGGCAGGACGAACGUGUUCAUGCCAUGCAUGGAAGCGCGAAGAAACUGCAGAAAUUGAUCGCCACGGAGACUUAUGUACCGCCGGAUAUUAAAAAUAAAAAGUAAAAAACUAAUAUAAAAGGACGAGUAGAAUGCGAAUACCUGUACAGGGGAUUGAAAUGAAAAAAAAAGGAAGAAAAUCACGAACAGAACUGUUACUUCAUUGUGUUCUAAUAUUGCAAUAUACGUGUUAUACCUCUUAUUUUAUAAAAAUAGCCUAUACGUGAGGAGUAUGCAUAUAAAAUAUUGGAAAAUUCA